CGCAGGACUCCCACCAGCCCCACUUUCAGUGCAGGCUCCUGCCGUCCACUCCCACCCGAGUUGCAGGAUGUCGAUGACAGACUUGCUCAGCGCUGAGGACAUCAAGAAGGCGAUCGGAGCCUUUGCUGCUGUCGACUCCUUUGACCACAAAAAGUUCUUCCAAAUGGUCGGCCUCAAGAAAAAGAGUGCGGACGACGUGAAGAAGGUGUUCCACAUCCUGGAUAAGGACAAGAGCGGCUUCAUCGAGGAGGAUGAGCUGGGAUUCAUCCUAAAAGGCUUCUCCGCAGACGCCAGGGACCUGUCUGUGAAGGAGACCAAGACACUCCUGGCCGCUGGAGACAAGGACGGGGACGGCAAAAUUGGGGCUGACGAAUUCUCCACUCUGGUGUCUGAAAGCUAAGAGGCGCUGCCGCCCGGGGCCUCCCCCUCUGCCCCCGACACCCCGUCUCAGCCGUUGUGUCCCCUCUGGAUUUUCUGUUGGGUUUAUUGAUGUUAUUUUUUACUCCCCCACCCCCUGUGGCUCUCAAAUGACACCGUUCUUCUGGAAAAUGCUGGAGAAACAAUAAAGGUCGUACCCAUCG